AUCUAAUUUUCCAGUCUCUCCGUCCCCUCACACAACCACAAGUGCACAACGUUGCGAGAAAGCUCACCCCACAAUAAAUUAGGAGAGAGAAAAGCAGGCCCCUCCUCCAAGUCACUAAUUUUUUUCGUUCCAAAAAACUUGAUUGAAAUCCAGAAUUUAUAAAAAAAUUGCAAUUUUGACGCUUUUGGAGCUCUAUUUUCUUAAUUUAACGAUAUAAAAUUGAAUAAAUCAACUCAUUUUUUUCAUUAUUAAGAGUAACUAAAUUCUUAGGGUUUUGGUGGGUUUUCGUCAAUCAUGGCUCUCACCAUGGGGAAGCUCACUAUCCUCGUCGGUGCAGGCAUCCUGGGUGCUGUUUUAGCUAAAGAGGAACGCUUGCCUAGUUUCUCAGAUGUCAUCUCAAGUGUUGUAAAGGUUGCUCUGAAGCCAACACAUCAAAGUAAUUCAACUUCCUCAACAAGCAAACCAAGAAAUGACGCUUUGAUGGCUCAGGUUAACAGUUUAAGGCAAGAGCUGCAACUACUUGCAUCAAGCAAACCGGUGACAAUUGUGACUUCAAAUGCAGCAGGCGGUCGUCGAUACGGUGUAAUUAUUGUGAUUGCUGUUGUUGGCUAUGGAUAUGUGCGGUGGAAGGGUUGGAAAAUUCAAGACUUCAUGUUUGCCACCAAGCGUGGUCUAUCAGAUGCCUGUAAGUCUGUUGCAAAGCAGCUUGAUGAUGUUUUUCUCUCACUCAGGGCUACUAGAAAUGAUCUAUCUUCCAAAAUUGAUGGUUCAAGUCAUAAGUAUGAUGAGAUUGUUGCAAAUAGUAUUACUACUAAAGAGGAGGUAUCUGUAGUACGUGGAACGGUUUCUAAGUUUACGGUGGAUCUCCAAACUGUCAAUCAUAAAAUUCGGACUCUGGAAACCCGAAUGGGCAGAAUUCAAGAGAAACAGGAUGAUACAAAGGAAGGAGUUGCAAGAUUGUUACUUUGUACGCUAGAUGCCGAGAAUAAAUUUGCAGAUCUUAUUCAGGAUUCACCUUCUAGUGCUUCCAGUUCAGCUAUUGAACAUCAGCAAAUUGCAGCACCAUCAAGGACUGCGUCCUUGCCUUUAGUCCUGGAGCCUUCCUCUCCUUCAACGUCGAAUGGAUCUAGUGAGAGUGGUUCGAUGUCUGGGAAAACUUUAACUGCUAGUGGAUCUCGUAAGGUUAAUGAACUUCCAAGGAGAGCUACCUUGGCGUCAGGCGAGAAGGAGUGUCAAGGGACUUCUGGAGCAUACGAUAUCAAUUCAAGUCCUAGGGUUUCAAAUGGGAUUCAAAUAACAGAAAUCACAGAAAAACCUUCCAGUCCCGAGUCUCAUGCUGCUCAAUCCAAUGUCAAAACCGCUGGUUUGCUUUCUAGAACAAUUAGUGCGACACGGUAUUUCAAGUUCAUGUAGUUUGUAUGAGAUCCGUCCAGAUUCAGCGGUGGGAAACAGUCGAGAUUCACUGGACAUCUCCAGUAGUCGAAUGAUGUACUAGUAAACCUCUAGAGAGGAGUUUAGAAGUUUACAGAUACCUCCGCGAGACCAAUUACAACAUAUGACGGUAUGAACAAUCUGUUUCUGGAAGCUGAUACAGUAAGAAAUAGGCCUGAAGAAAGUACUCCCUUUAUUCUUUGGAGAUGCUUUGUUCUCUACGUUUUCACUUUCAUCAUAUUAUUAUUAUUAUUAUUAUUAUUAUUAUUAUUAUUAUUAUUCUUUUAAUAAAGAAUAUCCUUUGCCCAUUAAAGCCUUGAUCUUUUAGUUCAUUUGCCUUUCUACAGUUUUCAGUUUUUUAUCAUUUUUUUUUGUCAAUUAUUUUGCAACACAGUAACUGCCAUCUGCCCAGAUCACUGCUAGUGCUAAUUAUGCGCUUAAAUUUUCGUGAAUUUAUUACUAAUUUAUUGAUAAACGUCAAAAUAAAUCUUUUUUUUAAAUUUAAAAUAAAAUUAGAUAACCUAUACAAAUCCAAGACUAAAUUUUCUCAAAAAAUAAAAUCCAAGACUAAAUCAUUUGAUU